UAGCGGCUGUACCGGAACUUUCUUGGGCUUGCUUUGCAAGUCCGGACUUGUUGUUGGGAGUGAAACGCUUAAAUUCCGCUGAGAAGUAUGGUAGGGGGAGAGGAGGCCGGCGGGACCCCGGCUGCCCCAGCCUCAGCCUCCUCAUCCUCUCCGACCAUCGUCCGUAAGAAGUACUUCUGCUCCUUCCCUGAUUGCAGUGCCACCUACAACAAGGCCUGGAAGCUGGAUGCGCACCUGUGCAAGCACACAGGGGAGAGACCUUUUGUUUGUCAUUAUGAAGGCUGUGGCAAAGCAUUUAUCAGAGACUACCAUCUCAGUCGCCAUGUGCUGACACAUACCGGAGAGAAGCCAUUUGUUUGUACAGCUACUGGCUGUGGUCAGAAAUUCAACACAAAAUCUAACUUGAAGAAACACAUUGAUCGAAAACAUGAAAAUCAACAAAAACAAUAUGUAUGUGACUUUGAAGGUUGUAGCAAGUCUUUUAAGAAACAUCAACAGCUGAAAGUCCACCAGUGCCAACAUACUAACGAACCCCUAUUCAAGUGUAACAAUGAAGGCUGUGGAAAACACUUUUCUUCCCCUGGCCAUCUAAAACGACAUGAGAAGAUACAUGAAGGAUAUAUGUGCCAAAAGAGUUGUUCCUUUGUGGCAAAAACGUGGACAGAGCUAUUGAAACACAUGAAGGAAACUCAUCAAGAGGCGAUAACAUGUGAUCUAUGUGGAAAAACCUUUAAACGCAAAGACCACCUUAAGCAGCAUAAGAAAAUACAUGCUCCAGAACGGGAGGUGUACCGAUGUCUAAGAGAAGGCUGUGGCAGAUCAUACACGACUGUGUUCAAUCUUCAAAGCCAUAUUCUUUCCUUUCAUGAGGAACAGCGCCCAUUUAUUUGUGAGCAUGCUGGCUGUGGAAAAUCAUUCGCCAUGAAACAGAGUCUUACAAGACAUGCCGUUAUGCAUGAUCCUGACAAGAGAAAAUUAAAAGUGAAACGACCCUCUGGAAAACGGAGCCUGGCCUCUCGCCUCAGUGGAUACAUUCCUCCCAAAAUUAAAGAAACAUUGCCUAAAAAUGACAAGUCAUCAGACUGUUUUGAAGAAAACAUGCUCUCAACUGUUGCAACGCUGACUCUUGGCUAAAUAUCACAUAUGUAGAUUUAUGUAAAUAGCUUUUUUAUUAAAAAAAUAUGUUCCUUCUCGUCCUUAAAAUUUUAUAUUAAAAUACAUCAUUGCUGCAGAA